AUGGCGCCUUACGCCCAACAAGUUCUCAUAUCCACCGGUCAACGAGAUUGGCGAAGCCGAAUAGAGGAGGAUGGGCUAGAUCAGGGAUGGGGUAUACUGGGCAGCCGAUUGAAGAAACUAAUGUUUCGGACAGGGAAGUUUGCUGAUCCUUAUAAUAACAUUGUCAUUACAAAUUCCUCCUUUAUUCCCUCGACCGAUAAGUCAGAUACAUCUCGCGCUUCAGCCCUCCUUUUUCCAAGCUUCAAGUACAUUCCUGAUAUCCCACUUGAUGAUGCUGGAUUGGAUCGAUUCGUUCGCGCAUUCCUCCUCCCAAUAGUCCCCCAUAGAGCGCACGAAAUUUUACCUGUCGAUAAAUUGGAAGCAAUGAAAAGGCUUCCAGAACUUCAACCUACAUUUAAGUCUAUGAAGAGCAUAGAUCACUCGCCUACGAUUUUGAUUUGUGGGCACGGAGGUCGAGACAAACGAUGUGGAGUUAUGGGCCCUUUGCUUGAGUCGGAAUUUAGCAGAGUACUAAAAGAUGAAGGUUACACCGUGGGAAAUACCCCAGUUGAUAAGUUGAAUCACGCGAAUAUUGGCUUGAUAAGUCAUAUUGGCGGUCAUAAAUAUGCUGGCAACGUUAUUAUAUACAUACCCCGUUCCCCGGGGCCCAACUCGGGGGAUGUUAACGCGUUGGCUGGGAAGGCUAUCUGGUAUGGUAGGGUAGAGCCGAAGCAUGUGCAGGGAAUCAUAAGAGAGACGAUUUUGAAUGGCCGUGUGAUAAAGGACCAUUUCCGUGGAGGUAUAGAUGGAGAUGAUAUGUUCCAGAUGUUUUGUGUAUAUAGCUUUUUCAACUCCAUACAGUACAUACAGCGAAGUUAUCAAAAAUAUAUUCUUGCAGUAACUUUUGAGCCCAAGAUUUUGUGGAUCAAAACCGAGAUGAUUCAUGAUUGCUCAUCCGGCGUCUUCAUGAACAACAACGAGCGGUGGCAAUGUGUGCCUUCAAGGCGAAGCGAAAAUCACGAUACAUUCUAUAUUCCCAUCUCUGCCCCAAGAUGGUAUAUAUAUUACGGGGUCGACUCGGCCUUUGUCGAGUCGUCGAGAUCUUUCCAUCCAACCCAGGGGCUUGGCGACAGCAUGCGAGGAGUGAAUUACACAGAGCCUGGAACUACUAUAUUGCCCUUACAGUCAAGGACAAAGACCAUCAGCCCAGACCACGAUACCCCCUCUGAAGAUGGCUCAGAUGGAACAGACGAGGAGCAUCCUUGGUUGUUGGAGUUUGAUCCUGAACAAUGCCUUUUCUGUGGUGAAGUAAGGACAUCAUUUGAUGACAACAUUUUCCACAUGUCAAAGGCGCAUAGCUUCAUCAUACCAUAUCAAGAUCACCUGGACACCGACAUGACACCCCUUCUCAGAUACCUAUACCUUGAAAUUUUUGAGUACCACAGGUGCAUAUUGUGCUCUACUCGUCGAAGAACAAUUGAAGGUAUCCAACACCACAUGAUGGCGAAGGGCCAUUGCAGAUUCGACAUUAAUUCGCACACUUCUGGCUUUUAUAAUUUCCGCGAGGCACACAAUAAAACAAAAGUUGCAGGUAUUAGCCCAUUACUGCGGCUAUCUCCGGUUAGAAUUCGCGGCUAUCGCACUCGGGCGUCUGAUAAAUAUCGUCAAUCGCUGGGGCGCAGAGAUUCCUCUCCUCUAUCGCUUGCCAAGGCAACAAACGAACAAUGGACUACUGAAACUGAAGAUGAUAACCCAACCUCGGCUUCCCGUACCCAGUUAUCACGACUCAGUCGAGGUGAUCAGGAAGGUUUAGCGCAUCUGUCCAAUCCUGAGCUACGAUCAUUGCUUGCUAUCCGAGCGAAGCAUAUUGGCCAAUUGAGUCGAAAAGAGACAAACGCCAAAUUGAAGCUUGAGAAGGCUGGAAACAUAACUUUGACUGCCCAUUUUAGGGCAGAUACCUCUAAGAGAUUCAGGGGCCCUUGGGGGUAG